AUGGAGAGACGUAAGCGCGGGGACGGAGAGACGGACGAAAAGGGGAUAAUAGAUUGGAACAAGAUCCGGGAGGUGAAAGUAAAGAACUAUGUGCCGGAACAGAAGGGAUUGGGAGCAUUGCAGACGAUGGCUGCUACCGAGUUAGAUGGAGAGAUGGACGAACAAGACGAUAUUCAGUCAGAGCAGGCAGUUUCGAGAGACUUGGAGAUUACGAUGAGAGCCAGGGAAGACGAGUACAUCAAGAACGCCAUCGCCUGCAUCGCAGUGCUCCGGCUCGCCGCAGCAACAGCAAUCAUACAGCCAAUAGACAGCCACAAUGGGAUAUUGGUGCUAACAGAAGCCAAGGCACAAUAUCAACUAGAUACAUACCACUUAGCAGUAGUCUACAACACUACAAAGUUAAGAGAAAUUUAUUUAGAGAUCUGCAGCAAUUAUUAUACAAUAAAAUUAAAACAAAAUACAUCAGCAGAUAACGACGCGAUAACCAAAAGAAUAGAUUAUCGCAUCGACACAGUAGAAAGAAUACCGCUGAGCUCGCAGAGCUCAUCAGCCUCUGGAGACGCGCCGCCUGCUACACGACGUCGAAGCCAGAAGUCAUUGACGUUUGCAAGUCUUUCUGCAGAAGAAAGUGAACGGGACGAAAAGGGGAUAAUAGAUUGGAACAAGAUCCGGGAGGUGAAAGUAAAGAACUAUGUGCCGGAACAGAAGGGAUUGGGAGCAUUGCAGACGAUGGCUGCUACCGAGUUAGAUGGAGAGAUGGACGAACAAGACGAUAUUCAGUCAGAGCAGGCAGUUUCGAGAGACUUGGAGAUUACGAUGAGAGCCAGGGAAGACGAGUACAUCAAAAUGGACGGGAUCAAUAAAUGGACAAAGAAAAUGUACGAAGCUGAAUGUACCGGAGGGAGAAAUACAAUACUUGGAAAUGAAGGCAGUACAUCUGAAGCGAAACAGCCAAGACUGGUAGAUGAAGCUGAUAAAACCGAUAAUAACAUACGAGAAAGAGACGGCAAUGGAAUUGAAGUUCAAUAA